GACCAACGUUUUGGUAAGCCUACAGUAAGGGGGUGUGUUGCGCAGCAUAAGAUUAUUGACUCUUAUGCUUAGGCGAAUGAAUAAAAAAUAUAGCCUUCCUUCCUUCCUUCCUUCCUUCCUUCCGAAUCUCACAGAUCUAUCUAUCGCCAUUGUUGCUGCUUCCUGUACUCCUCUCCUGCUUCCUUAAACUCGCGCUGAGUAGAUGGAAGCUGAGAGCAUGGGAAGAGAUUUAGAUCUAGUGGAAGAGAAUUUGAUAACUGUGGGUGGCGAAAUAUCAGCAGAGCAGGUUGUGGCGGUAGAUGAGAAACUGUGCAUCCACAAGGAGACCGCUUUGGAUGUUAGUUCUGAUUUGGGUGUUACAAGACCCCAAUCAGUGUCUGACCAACAGCAACCUACUGUCCAUGUUACUUUUAAGCACUUAACCAGAGCUAGUAAGCAGAAGCUGGAAAGUUUAUUACAGCAAUGGUCAGAAUGGGAGGCGGAAUAUACUUCACUGGCUCAGGAUCAAGAACAGCCAUUAGAAUCUGGCGAGGAGACGUUUUUCCCCGCCUUACGCUUUGGAUUGAAGAAGACGUCGUCUGUGUCAUUCUGGAUCGACAAUCAAACUGGUCCUAAGCCGUUGGAAGAGUUUGUCCUAGUGGAAAGUAGCACCACUCCUCUAUAUGACCGUAAAUUUUCACUUGGUUCGAAUUCAGCGGGUGGACCAAUCAGCUUGCAAGGGGGAGUGGAGAUUAUUGAUGAUGAUCCUCCACGUUGUUUCAAUUGUAGCGGCUAUAGUCAUUCCUUGAGAGAAUGUCCAAAGCCUUUUGACCGAGCAGCAGUUAAUAGUGCCCGGAAGCUUCAGAAAUCCAAACGAAAUCAGAACGCUGGGUCUCGUCUACCAUCGCGAUAUUAUCAAAAAGCUCAAAGUGGAAAGUACGAUGGCUUGAAACCAGGCACGCUUGAUGCAGAGACACGCCAGCUUCUGAAUCUUGGGGAACUAGACCCACCUCCAUGGCUUAACAGAAUGCGAGAGAUUGGCUACCCUCCGGGAUACUUAGCUCCAGAAGAUGAUCAUAUGUCUGGAAUCACUAUAUUUGGAGAUGAGAUGGAGGAGACUCGAGAGGAAAUAGAGAGUGAAGAUGGCGAAAUCUUGGAAAAAACCAACCCUCCUGAGCCACAAAUGAAGAUGACUGUCGAGUUCCCUGGGAUUAACGCUCCAUUGCCAGAAAACGCAGAUGAGUGGCUUUGGGACGCAGCUGCUGCACCUUCGCAUAGGAGCAGCAGAAGUAACAACAACCGAUGGCAGCAGAGAACAAGCAGAGGACAUGAUUACAGAGACGAUGAUCAGCUCGGUUUUGAACCGUCUAGUUAUCCUCCAAGGUAUGGUAGUAGAAGUGAUUACGGGUAUGGCUCAAAAGAUCGUAGGUCUAGAUCAAGAAGCCCAAUCAUGGAAAGAUCGCUAACCGAGAGAAGUAAGAGGGAUUAUUAUUCUUCUCGUGAUUCUGAUUUCAUGGACAGAGAUAGAAACAAAGAUAGGAACAGAGGAUGGGACAGGGAUAGAGACUGGGACAGAGACGAUAGGAACAGAGACAGAGGAGAUAGGGAUAGGGAUAGAGACUGGGACAGGGAUAGGGACGAUCGUGAUUGGUCUUAUAGAUUAAGCAGCAGAAGAUGAAUGGUGAGGUUGUAGCUGUGUUUGUGUUGUGAUUUGUUGUUGUAUCAUGUCAAUGAAUGUGUGGUAGCUUUUGUUUACUAUUCAGAUUUUGGAUUUUGUUUGGGACAAGAUAUGAUGAGACCGGUUUGGUUAUGUCUUUUCCUAUUAAACAAUUUUUUUUCGCUAAAAGUAUUAAACAAAGUUA